AUGGGAGAUCUUAUUGCACGUCGCGUGCUGAAUAUAUCUCCUAAUGGAUUGCAAGGUCAUAUUCCGUCAUCAAUUAGAAGUUUAUCUUCGGUUGAAUCAUUGGACCUAUCAGGUAACCAUCUCGUAGGAGAGAUACCAACACGAUUUGCUUCUCGUACAUCUCUUGAAGUCUUAAAUCUCUCCUACAAUCACUACAAAGGGUGCAUUCCUCAAGGAAAUCAAUUCGCUACAUUUGAGAACAAUUCAUAUGAAGGUAAUGAUAGAUUACGUGGAUUUUCACUUUCAGUGGUCCGUGGUAAUGAUUCGAUAUCAGAGACAAAUUAUACCACAUUCUCGCUAGAUGAUCAAGAAAGAAACUCUGAAUUUCUGAAUGAUUUUUCGAAAGCUUCUCUUAUGGGCUACAUGUUGACUCAAGAGCUUGAUCUUACUGGCAUAAACAUCUCCUCCACCAUUCCUCUGAAUUUCUCUUUCCAAUUAACAACUCUGAGCCUAGUAAAUACAGGAUUGUUUGGGACAAUAUCUGAGAGUAUUUUUCACCUGCCCAACCUGGAAACACUUGAUUUAUCGGAAAACGAUCAACUCAAUGGUUAUUUUCCAAAGACCAAAUGGAACAGCAGUGCAUCUCUCAUGAAGUUAGAUCUCAAUUAUGUAAAUUUUUCUGAUAAUUUGCCCAAGUCUCUUGGCUAUCUAACUUCGGUGUAUUCUUUGUCUCUUGCAUAUUGCAACCUUAGAGGGCGUAUUCCUGAAUCUCUUUCUAAUCUCACCCGCAUAAAGUCUUUGUACCUUCAAUAUAACUCCCUGAAUGGAACAAUACCAUCAGGAUGUUCCAUCAGGAUGUUCUCCCUUCUAUCACUAAGUCAUUUAGACUUGCGUCAUAACCACUUUUCUGGUCAGCUUGCGUAUUUCAAGUCUAAUACAAUACUAAGCAAGAAUCAGUUACAAGGCCAUCUUCCCAACUCAAUUCAAAACCUUGUGAACUUAACAGAUCUGCAUCUUUUAUCAAACAAUUUUAGUGACAAUGUGGAUGUCAGCUUCUUUUCUGACCUCAGACAUCUUAGCUAUCUUGAUCUUUCAUAUAAUCGAUCUCUCGUGAGCAUACGAUUGGCUGCAUGUGGAGUGAGAGAAUUGGAGUUUCUAAAAUCCGCAAAGCAGCUUUUCUACUUAGAUCUUUCGAAUAAUAAGAUUCAGGAACCACUUUGCAAGGAUCUCUCUCCAAUUUACUUCCAAGGGUCACUACCUAUUCUACCAACCUCCACAACAUUCUUCUUCAUAUCACAUAAUAAUCUAAGUGGGGAGAUCCCUUUGUCUAUUUGCAAUUUGACGUCACUAAGAAUGUUCGUUCUGGCAACAAAUAACUUGAGGGGAGCAAUUCCACAAUGUCUGGAUAACAUGAGUUACAAUCUCGAGAUUUUGGAUAUGCACCACAACAAUCUUUUGGGUACUCUUCGAACGACUUUUAGAAUUGGAAGUUCACGGGAAAAUUCCACGAUCUUUGGCCAAUUGCACAGAGUUGCAGGAAACUUACCAACGAGUUUGUUUCAACAUCUGAAAGGCAUGAGGACAAUUGAUCCAUCAGAGAAGGCACCAAGUGAUAACAGAGAUGGAUAUUACCAAGAUUCGGUAGUUGUAGCGACAAAGGAGAUCUCACAAGGUCAUAUCCCACCAUCACUUGGAAGUUUAUCUUCGGUUGAAUCAUUGGACCUGUCAGGUAACCAUCUCGUAGGAGAGAUACCAGCACAAUUUGCUUCUCUUACAUCUCUUGAGGUCUUAAAUCUCUCCUACAAUCACCUCGAAGGGUGCAUUCCUCAAGGAAAUCAGUUUGCUACAUUUGAGAACAAUUCAUAUGAAGGUAAUGAUGGAUUACGUGGAUUCCCAAUUUCAAAAGGUUGUGGAAGUAGCAGAAUGUCAAGAGACAGACAAACACAGCACAUGUACUUGAUGAAGAAAGCAGUUCAACAUUUCUAG